AUUUAAAAGAGUUACAAAACCUAAGAAUAUAUUCUCCAAAACCCUUGUUUAGCCUCACAGCCUCCCCUCCUACAACCCCCACUUACCGAUCUCCGUCGUCGGCUACCGGCAAAGAUCGUUGACAACCAUAAACGGGCGUGUAUGGCGGGAGGGAAGAUUAAGAAGGAGAAGCCGUCGCGUGGAGCUGCUGCGGGCUCUUCGAAUCACUAUCAAGGAGGUAUACAGUUUCACAAGUCAAAGGGUCAACAUAUCUUGAAGAACCCUUUACUUGUUGAUUCGAUUAUCCAGAAAGCUGGGAUCAACAGCACGGAUGUGAUUCUUGAAAUUGGUCCUGGUACGGGUAAUCUUACCAAGAAACUUUUAGAAGCCGGGAAGUCUGUUGUUGCCGUUGAGCUUGACCCGCGUAUGGUUCUCGAGCUGCAGCGUCGGUUUCAAGGCACUCCAUAUUCCAAUCGACUCAAGGUUAUUCAAGGAGAUGUGCUCAAAUGUGAUCUUCCAUACUUCGACAUCUGCGUAGCCAACAUCCCGUACCAAAUAUCAUCUCCACUCACCUUUAAAUUAUUAAAUCACCGCCCUGUAUUUAGAUGUGCGGUGAUAAUGUUUCAAAGGGAAUUCGCCAUGAGAUUAGUGGCCCAACCCGGUGACACACUCUACUGCCGUUUGUCAGUCAACACCCAGCUUCUUGCCCGUGUUUCCCACUUACUAAAAGUCGGAAAAAACAACUUCAGACCGCCACCAAAAGUCGACUCAUCCGUAGUCCGAAUCGAGCCAAGAAAACCCGCCCCAUCAGUCAACUUUAAAGAAUGGGACGGUUUGGUCAGGAUCUGUUUCACUAGAAAAAACAAAACUAUCGGUGCGAUAUUUAAGCAAAAACGCGUACUUUCAAUAUUGGAGAAGAACUACAAAACUCUACAAGCGUUGCAGGUCUCUCAGGGAAACGGUGAUCAAAUGGCUACCGAUGCAUCUGUUCUUGGAGACGGUGGUGAGUUGAAUAUGGAGACUGAUGAUGAAAACGACGAUGUUGAUGAUGAUAUGGAAAUGGAUGAUGGUGAAUCAAAGGGGUCGGAGUUUAAAGAAAAAGUUUUGGGUGUGCUGAAACAGGGGAAAUAUGAAGAUAAGAGAUCGUCGAAGCUUGCACAAGCCGAUUUUAUGCAUUUGCUAUCGUUGUUCAACCAAGCGGGUAUACAUUUUUCUUGAAUGAGCUGCAAGUUUUUUUUUUUUUUUUUGAUAUAUGUAUUCUUUUUGCGAUAACUUUAUGUCUAUGUUAUAUGUUUUUUUCAUAUAAUAGUUUGUUCUUUUAGCCGGGAUGUUUAAAUACAACACUCCAAGGAUAGUGAGGUCUAAUUUUGGAUAUGAAUUUUAACUGAAAAAUGGUGGUGUUUGGAUGUGUUAAAUUCAA